AUGGGCCCGUCUUAUGAGCCCAAAGAGCCGCCCGCAAGAAAGCAUACAAUCGCGCGGAAGCCUGUCGCGACAACACCUUCUCGAUAUGACCCACCGCCGCUACGGUCUUUACCCAGGCACAGCCCGACUCUCGUCUCUCGAAUACGUACCCGAUGGUCCUUCAUGAGCAAGCGUCUACGUGUACUGGUCGUUUUUGGUGUCGUUGUUGUUCUUGCUCUCAUUCUGGGGCUCGCUAUAGGACUGGGGACGCGAUCUAAAACCCAGAAUCUUCCGCUCCCUGGCGGCAAUGGAGGUCCAUUCUCGGGCGAGCUCACGUACUACGAUCCAGGCCUCGGAUCCUGUGGCGUCACCUCGAGCUCGUCCCAGAACAUUGUUGCAGUGGCGCACUCACUCUACGAUGCCGCUCAAACGGGCUCAGAUCCCAACCAGAACCCGCUCUGCGGCAGGAAGAUACGUGCAAAACGAGUGAAGGAAGGCAGCGGGGAGAGGAGCGUCGAUCUUACAGUAGUCGAUCGAUGUACAGGCUGCGCACCGAAGGACAUUGAUGUGAGUUUGUCAGUCUUCAAGCAGCUGGCAGAUCCGGAUCUUGGCAGAGUCGAUGUGACAUGGAAUUGGCUGUGA